UUUGCGCUGCGACACAAAACCCCGUGCAUGUAGCUAGCAUGUAGCAUCCCCGGUAGCAUCAGUAACGAGCGACUUUUCUGGAUCUUGACAACAAUGCAAGGUUUACUGACGACCCUAUGACGAUGUGACAGCCAGCCGUGUCUCGGUGGUGUUGUGGAGCAGUGCAUGACCCGGCCGAAGGAGGUGGAGGAGGGCAGGCGGAGGGUCUGAGCUCUUGAGUCGGCGGCUGUCGGUGUCCGGGAUGGAGACCUGGACCCCCAAUCCCCGAGCCAAGCCUUUCAUCCCCCGCCAACAAAGAAGCUUGUACCUCACCUGGAAAUACAAACUAACCAACAAGAGGACGCUUCGUAGGUUCUGUCAGGCUGGCGCUGUUCUGUUUCUGCUGAUAACUGUCAUAGUCAACAUUAAACUCAUUUUGGACACAAGAAGAGUAGCUAAUGAAGACGCAGCCGCACAAGAUUAUGAGGACACCAUCCCCAACAUGGAGACACCACGCAGGCCGGCUAAUGGACGCAAGGUCCUGGACAUCGAGGUGUACUCCAGCCGCUCCAAGGUCUACAUGGCAGUGGACGGCACCACUGUGUUGGAGGAUGAUAUGCGGGAGCAGGGCAGAGGCAUCCAUGUGAUCGUUCUCAACCAGGCUACUGGUCAUGUGAUGGCCAAAAGGAUAUUUGACACCUACUCUCCUCACGAGGAUGAAGCCAUGAUCCUCUUCCUCAACAUGGUGACCCGGGGCCGAGUCCUCAUCUUCACCAUAAAGGAUGAGGGCACGUUCCACCUGAAGGAUGCUGCUAAGAACCUGCUGAAGAGUCUGGGCAGCCAGGUGUCCCUCACCCUCAGCUGGAGGGACAUGUGGACUCUGGUGGUGAAGAAAGGAGGUCAGGUGUAUGGAGAGAAGCACUCAAAGUCUCCAGCUCUGUCCACCUGGGGAGACCCGGUGCUGCUGAAGACCGAGGUGCAGCUCACCGCCUCUGAAGAGGCAGAGUGCCACUGGACAGACACCGAGCUGAACAAGAGGAGGAAGCUCUUUUGCAGCAAAGUGGAAGGAUACGGCAGCAUCUGCAGCUGCAAAGACCCGGCGCCCAUCGAGUUCAACCCUGACCCUCUGCCCAACAAUAACGUCUUCAAUGUCCCAGUGGCCGUCAUAGCAGGAAACAGACCCAACUACCUCUACAGGAUGCUGAGGUCGCUUCUUUCAGCGCAUGGCGUCAACCCGCAGGUGAUCACCGUCUUCAUCGACGGAUACUACGAGGAGCCGAUGGAUGUCGUCGAGCUGUUUGGACUGAAGGGAGUUCAGCACACACCCAUCAGCAUCAAGAAUGCCAGAGUGUCCCAGCACUACAAGGCGAGUCUGACUGCAACCUUCAACCUUCACCCAGAGGCCGACUAUGCCAUCGUCCUAGAAGAAGACCUAGACAUCUCCAUCGACUUCUUCAGUUUCCUGAGUCAGACCGUCCACCUGUUGGAUGAGGACGACAGCCUGUACUGUAUCUCAGCCUGGAACGACCAGGGCUAUGAGCACACAGCGGAGGACCCGGCCCUGCUGUACAGAGUUGAGAGCAUGCCCGGCCUAGGCUGGGUGCUGAAGAAGAGCCUCUACAAGGACGAACUGGAGCCAAAGUGGCCAACACCUGAAAAGCUGUGGGACUGGGACAUGUGGAUGCGAAUGCCGGAGCAGAGGAAAGGCCGAGAGUGCAUCAUCCCCGACGUGUCUCGCUCGUACCACUUUGGCAUCAUCGGCCUAAACAUGAACGGAUAUUUCCAUGAGGUGUACUUCAAGAAACACAAGUUCAACACUGUUCCCAAUGUGCAGCUGAAGAACGUUGACGGCUUAAAGAGAGAUGCUUAUGAAGUGGAGAUCCAAAGCCUGCUGAAGGAAGCGGAGGUGCUGGACCACACUAAGAACCCGUGUGAGGACUCGUUCCUGCCAGAUUCGGAGGGGAAGACCUACGUCAUGUUCAUAAAGAUGGAGACCGAGAUGGACACAUCCACCUGGACGGAGCUCGCCAAGUGCCUCCAUGUUUGGGACCUGGAUGUUCGGGGAUACCACAGAGGAAUGUGGCGGCUCUUCAGAAAAAGGAAUCAUGUCCUGGUGGUCGCCGUGCCAAUCUCCCCUUACUCUGUGAAGAAACCCGCCAGUGUCACUCCCAUUCACUUAGAGCCUCCGCCCAAAGAAGAGGGAGCACCAGUGGAGCAGAUGUAGACCGGAUGUUCUCACACAUACACACACACACACACACCUCGACCAGCCCAGGCCUUAACUCUUCUCCUCUCUCCACCAACAACCACUAAGAAUCCAGCCGGGGGACCCACAACUACAAAACAGACUUUUCCUAGGUGUUUAACUUGUGUACGAGAGGAUACCUGGGAAAUGGAGUCCUCAUUUUGUUUCCUUCUUGUAUUGAAAUGAAAGGGGGGAUUAACACUACAAACUACACUACUAUAUCCGUCCAACAGCUCGAGGAGAAACGACGAUGCUAAAAAAA